AUGUCACGACCAGCUUCCUCUUCAACUCGUCCAGCCAUUUCUCCUCUUCCAAAACAAUCUUACCAGGUCAACACUCAGACAAAGGUCAUCGACACACACCAUGGUCGCAUCCUCUGCAUCGCCGACAUUCGUGGCCGUCUUUCAGCUUUGAAUGACCUGGCGCGCGACGCCAACGCGAAAGCAAUCAUCCAUACCGGUGACUUUGGCUUUUUCGAGUCUACCAGUCUCGAAAAGAUCAAUGACAGAACUCUUCGACAUCUCACCAUGUAUUCGCCCCUUAUUCCCUCAGCUCAGCGCACUCAUCUGCUUUCAAACGACAACCCUCCCUCCGUCAUCCGUUCAACCGUCAACAUCGAACUCCUUUCAGAAUUUCCUCUCCUUCUUUCUGGUCAAAUCAAACUCCAAAUCCCCGUUUACACAGUUUGGGGUGCUUGCGAGGACGUCCAAGUCAUCGAAAAAUUCAGAUCAGGCGCCUACAGUAUCGAAAACCUUCACAUCAUCGAUGAGGCAACCACUCGCUGUCUCGACGUUGGAGGCGUCAAGCUGAGGUUGCUCGGACUUGGAGGUGCUUUCGUGCCCCACAAGUUGUUUGACAAUGGCGACGGCAACGCCACAAUCGCUGGCGGUCAAGGAACAAUGUGGACCACUGCCCUUCAGAUCGGAGAGUUGGUCGACACCGCUCAGCGCGUCUUUGAUCAAUCCGAAACGCGUCUUCUCGUCACACACGCAAGUCCCGGUCGGGAAGGUAUGAUUGCCCAGCUAGCACUCGUCCUCAAGGCAGAUUUGACCAUCUCCGCCGGUUUGCAUUUCCGCUACGCUACAUCUUACAACGAAUUCAGUGUCCAGGGCGACUUUGAGGGUUUCCGACACAAAUUGCUCUUGGGCAAGGAGACCUUUGACAAGGUUUGGGAUACCGUAAAGAACCAGGUCGACGCCGUCAUCGAUGACAAUCAGCGCAUUCUCCUCGAGAAGGCUCUCAGUGUAGUAGAGCGCUUGCCACCAGCUCAGCCUUCCACCGGCCCUGGUGCGACGGCUACCGGCGAAGAACCUGCUUGGAAGAAUUGCUGGAAUUGGAAUCUGUGCGACGCUGCUUAUGGCUCUCUCAUCUUGGACGUCAAGGAGGGCCGAAUUAGCGCUGAGCUCAAGUCUCAAGGUUUCAACUAUGCUUACCGACGCAACACCACCGUCGCCGCCACUCCCAACGUUGCUUCUUCACCUCUACCUGCCACUACGAACAACGCUGCUACCAACAAUCCUCCAACCAAAACCUCCACCCCCGUCCCCGAGAAAUCCAUCCCACCCCAUCUCGCAAACAAGUCUGCAGCCUCUACACCACCGCCUUCCUCUGCCCCUGCCGCCAGCGAGCCAGAGCCUAAAGACGGCACCGCUAGCCCUGUUCCAAAAACCAACGGUUCGACCCCAAACGAGAAGAAAGACAACAAGCGGAAGGACAAAAAGAAGGAGAAGACUGGUGGAAGGGAGACAAGCGGAGCGAACACACCUGAUACCUCGGGAGCUAAUGUGUCGACUUCAUCCCCGGUUCCACCAGAGAACGCGGCGGAGGGAGGGGAGAAGGCGGACACGAGCUCAAAGGUUGAUGGGGAAGAUUUGAAGAGUCCGACGGAAGGAAGUGCGGGUGCUCGGACGCCCAAGACGGGCAAGCCGCCUCGUAAUCCUUGGACCAUCUUUAUGAGGAUGCCCAGUACUGUUCAGGUCAACGAAGAGGAGAUUAGGGAGUUCUUUGGUGAAGCCAAGGAUGGGAUCACUCGCGUCAAUUUGCCUCACGGUUAUCCCGGACGUGCCAAGCUUGCAUAUGUCGAGUUUGGCGACGAAGAAGCGAUGAAGGCUGGAUUGGAGAAGCAUAACGAGAAAUACCAUGAUGUCGUGCCAGAGGUCAAGCAGGCUCAAGAUCGUGAUGCUAGGGAUUCGUUUAGAGGCGGCUUUGGAGGACGGGGACGUGGACGGGGCGGUGGAGGGUUUGCUGCGAGGGGCCUUUCGGCUGCCGGGUUGACCAGAGGGAGCCAUCCCCGUGCGAACGGGGACGCUUCGAACAACUCGAACAAUUCCGGUCAGGCCAAUUUGUCACGUCACAAAUUGCGAUUGCAUUGCUAUCUCGCAUUUUGUCAUGUCACACCAGGGCUAAAUUGCUACGAAGUAAACGAUAGUGUCACGGCUGUAUACAGUUUUGUUUUGAAUCUGGGCUAG